UAUAAUCUGCUCAGUGGAGUUCAAGUCUACAGAUGUUCUCCUUAAGCUGUGUAAUGCACUUGUGAGGCCACACCUUGAGUACUGUGUACAAUUUUGGUCUCCAUAUUGUGUGAGGAAUGUGAAGGCACUGGAGAGAGUCCAGAGAAUGGUGAUUAGACUCAUUCCAGGCCUGCAGGGUAUGAGCUAUGAAGAAAGACUGAAAUAAUUAAAUCUUUAGUCUAAGUAGACGUAGAAUGAGAGAUGAUAGAAGUGUUCAAAAUCAUUAAGGAUAUAAGUAAGGUGGAUGCCAGCGGCUACUUCAAAAUUAAUCCAUCAGUGAGGACACGAGGCCAAUAGGUGGAGACUGGUUAAAGGGAGAUUUCAGACUAACAUCAGGAAGCAUUUCUUUACACGGUGAGUUGUGGACACUUGGAACCUAGCUGUGUAGUUGAGACUAGGACCUUGGAGAUGUUCAAAUCUAAACUUGAUAGUUAUUUCACACACUACGUGAAUAGGGAUUUGGUAAGCUUUGCUGGGCUGAAAGUUCUUGUCAAAAACUUCCCAAUGUUCAGAUUGAAGGCAGUGGUUGAAAUGAAUUCUAUAGAUUGAUUUAAAGGGGGGCUAGAUAUCUAUAAAAGAGGGAAGAGAAGAGAUGGCUAAAUUGUUGCUUUAGGUGAGAGAGGAAAGAGAAGGGUAAAAGUGACAACGCAGUGGAGACUGCAGAGAUUUCUGUUGCAGGGAUCCGGAGCAUGUCAGGCAGCAUCGACAGAGGAAAUAUUAUUGGUUCAAACUCUUGGAUCAAAUGUUUAUUUCCCAUGUCUUAGGUCCUAUAUGAAUAUCAUGUGUUAUAAACCAGGUACGUACAUCACAAAGCUUCUCUGUUUGUCGGGAACCAGAGAAAAUCGGCAGAUGCUGGAAAUCCAAGCAACACUGCUUGUCCACACAAAUAAAUUGCACACAGCAUAUUCAUUCACACGGGUGCUCUGCAAGACGAUGCAACUUUAACUUUUUUAACAAAACUCGGUGUUGAUAAAGGGCCUCGGCCCGAAGCGUCCAUUGUUUAUUUCCCUCUUUGGAUGCUUCCUGACCGCUGAGUUCCUCUCCAGCAUUUUCCUUGUUGCUUUUAAUAACAUCAGCGUAAUUUAUACAAAUCUCUGCUCAGCGUUUUACCAGUAGAUUAUCGUCUGCAAUCACUAACGUUCAUAGUUCUAAGUACAAAUAAGAAUAACUUGCAGGCUGAAGGAGACCGUGUCCAUGACAACGUGACCUCGCCCCCUUCAGCACGAUCUCUGAAUUAUGAAGACAGCUCCUGCGUUUCACUUCCGGGCGUUUCCAACACAUCCGCCGCCCGACCCUUCGGUUGAUGGCGACGUCGCUGAAUCACCACCGCCGCUAGAAACCGGGGGCGGAAGAGACAGUGGGACGAGUACGCCAUCGUGACGGCGGCGUGGACUGUUCUCCGUUGCCGGACACCAGUUUCGGCCCGAAUAUGCCGCUGCUUUUCCUCGAGCGCUUCCCUUGGCCCAGUCUGAGGACCUACACUGCUCUUAGCGUCGUGCUGCUGUCCGCCAGCCUGUUCAGCGCCUACUCCCACCUCAGCCUGCCGCCGGUGCCCGUCCCGAUCUCUGUCCCCCGUCAGCAGCCCCCCAACCUCGGCCCUGCCGCCCGUACUGACGCUAUGAGUGCCGACCAGCCGCCGGCGGCGGAAGAAGGUGAUACCGGAGGACUAGCCGCGCAGCACGGCAGCCCCGCCGAUCUAGGUGAAGCCGAUCUGGGAUUAUUGGGCAGACCGGAGUGGGCUGAAGGCCACGGUUUUGUCCUGGAGAUGGCCUGGUACCUGGUGUCAGACGGCUGGUGCAUUUGGGUGCUGGUGAACACAGCAUGUUGUCUUCUGAUGUUAAUUGGAAAACUGAUCCAGUACGUGGUCUUUGGAACUCUGCGGGUCAGUGAAAGACAGCACCUGAAGGAUAAAUUUUGGAAUUUCGUUUUCUACAAGUUUAUCUUCAUAUUUGGUGUGCUAAAUGUUCAAACUGUCGAGGAGGUGGUGAUGUGGUGCCUUUGGUUUGCUGUUCUUGUCUUCCUUCACCUCAUUGUCCAGCUAUGUAAAGACCGCUUUGAAUACUUAUCUUUCUCACCAACUACUCCAAUGAGUAGCCAUAUCAGAGUCUUGGCACUGCUGGUUUCGAUGUUACUGUCCUGUUGUAGUCUGGCUGUGGUUUGUGUGCUGGUUGGAUUUUCACACGGAAUGCAUACUCUCUCUUUCAUGGCAGCUGAGUGUUUGGUGGUGACUGUACGGACAGCGCAUGUUAUUCUGAGGUACUUUAUUCAUCUCUGGGACCUGAAUCAUGAGGGCACUUGGGAGAGUAAAGGCACCUAUGUUUAUUACACUGAUUUUGUCAUGGAAUUGAAUCUUCUCUCAGUGGAUCUAAUGCAUCACAUUCACAUGCUGUUGUUUGGAAAUAUUUGGCUGUCAAUGGCGAGCCUGGUCAUAUUCAUGCAGCUCCGCUAUCUUUUCCAUGAAGUCCAGCGUCGGCUGAAGCGUCAUAAGAACUACUUGCGUGUGGUGGGCAACAUGGAAGCAAGAUUUGCAGCUGCCACUCCUGAGGAACUGGCUUCCAAUGAUGAUGAUUGUGCCAUUUGCUGGGACUCUAUGCAGUCUGCCCGCAAGCUCCCCUGUGGACAUCUCUUCCACAAUUCAUGCCUUCGUUCCUGGCUUGAGCAGGACACCUCUUGUCCUACCUGCAGAAUGUCACUCAACAUCACUGAAGAUGACCGUGUUGGCGAACCUCACCAACGAGACAACUUGGAUGAGAACAUAGGGCCUGUGCCAGUUGUAGAUGGCAGGCCACAUCUUAAUCAUCACAAUCAUUUCUUCCAUUUUGAUGGAUCUCGUAUUGCUAGCUGGCUGCCUAGUUUCUCAGUGGAGGUGAUGCAUACAACAAAUAUCCUUGGCAUCACACAGGCUAACAAUUCUCAACUCAAUGCUAUGGCUCAUCAGAUCCAGGAAAUGUUUCCCCAAGUUCCAUAUCAUCUCGUUCUCCAGGAUCUGCAGCUAACACGUUCGAUGGAAAUCACCACUGAUAACAUACUUGAAGGGAGACUUCAAGUUCCCUUUCCCCAGCAGCGACAAGAUAGUAGACCAGCAUUAAAUGGUACAGUUUUGGAUGAGGACAAUGGUAAUCCAGCUGAUUCAAGUAGUGAACAGCAGCCUGAGCAUCCAGCCCUUGAACCUACCCACAGUUUGGAAGAGACAUUUGCAACCAGAACUGCACUGGUCGAUGUUCCAGCUGAGGACUUUGAAGCACGGGGAAGUCGCUUUUCAAAGUCAACAGAUGAGAGACAACAAAUGUUAGUGCAGCGCAAAGAGGAAUUACUUCUUCAAGCACGGAGACGAUAUGCAAGUAGAAGCCAGAAUGAAGCAGACAGUUUAUCAAAUGAUGACGCAUCCUCUGGAUCAUCAUUGAACAGUAUUUCUUUACGGCGCAAAGCCGAACGACGACACCUGCAACAACAGCAGAACUCUGGUUUUGAUGAUGCAAGACUGAGAACCUGGAAUCUUGACACUUCCUGAAUUGCUUGUUUGCCUCUACUUCGCUUGCAACAGUAAGAGCAGGACAAGCAUCAUCCCAAACCACUCUGCAAAGUCAAGCCAUUGAGCUGGGACGUUGUACUGUCACAUAUAUAUACUGUAGCUGCACGAAAGGAGCCAGCGUUAACAGUAUUUGGGGUGGGAAGUGGCAUGGGUGAUUUUUAUAUAUAUACAGCUUUUGUGGAAACAAUAAAUGGCUUUGUACCUGCAAAAGAGAAACUUAAAUAGCUACAAGUGUCCGGAAGCUAUCUAAACUCAAAGGAAAUAUACAUAGUAUACAGGUUUGUUGUGUUGGACUGUGAAAGGCCACCUAGUUCUCUUGAACUCAUUGGGCAGUGCAAGAUGGUUCUUUUGGAAUUAGUCAACUAAGCUGCCAUGUAGUGCUGCUUGAUGGUAAUGUUGGUCAUUUUUUUUCCAUCAUACAAGAAACUGAACAAUUUUACACAUUUCUCACCAGUCCCUCAUUCUACCUUUUUUUUCCAGAUUAUAUUAUAUUGCCUUUGCUACUUCGAUGGCUUCCCUGUCUGUAUAGAACUUAAUUCUGUUAAGUUUUAUUUGAAUCCUUAAUUGUCUUGUUUCAAAUUGCUCCAGGUAAACUGAAUUGUACUGUCAUCAUUCAUUAACUCCAAAUAGUUCAUGUCAGGUAUGAUAUGGUAGUUUCAGCUUGUAUAAUUGGCAUUAGAGUGGAUUGAUAUUUUGCUGCCUGAUGGGUUGCUGCUACUUCUGGAAAAGUAGUGUGGAGAUUUGAAAUGAUGUGAUGGAAAGUUACAAAGUGACAUUCCAUAUUUAAGAUUUUAAGCCAAAAAUGUUUUAAUAGGUUUGAACAAUUUCAGUCCUACUUCCCAGAACUUGUUACUUUAAGCACAUGCGAUGCACCAUCUUCUAUAACAAUAUUUUUCUCUCAUCAGUUUGACAUGAAAGUUUAAGAACUGUGUGUAAUAUAGAAGUAACAUGUGAAAGGCCUCGAGAGCCUUCAUUCUGUCCUUUCAGGAUGUAUCUGGUGUCCAGAAAAUUUGGCUAUCCGAAUCUCCAUUCAUAGUUCUAAAACUUUUUGAGGUGGUUAGACAUGUUUUAUCCAGCUCUAUGGUGUUUUAUGCAUGAUUUGUAUUGCAUGUUCACUUUUGCAUUUAGCAUAAUGUCUAGAAUUGGCCACAUGCAAAUUACAGAUUUAUUUAAUAUUCUGUUCCCCAACUUUUGAAUGUGCUGAUUUUCACAAUUUUAUGCAAUAUUUCAAGUAACUAAUACUGACCUAAGUUGAACUGAGCAUUUCAGUGUAGACAGUUGGGUAACAUAAUAGGCGACUGUAUACUGAAAAACAACAUGAAACAACAGUUGUUGGUUCCUGUUUUGACUAUUGUUUGGAUGUUUUACCACAAUCACUGCAGCAGUGACAAACGUGUUUCAGCACAACAUCUUUUUUCCAAAAACCUUUUUUGGGAAGAGAAAAUAAAAGAAUAAAUCCUAGUUUCUGUUUCUGUUCUUUAUAAUUGAAAUAGCAUCCUAGUUAAUUAGUUCAACAACCAAUAAUACAUAAAAUUUGAAAUUGAUUUUAAUUUUUCUCCAUCAUACUCAAAGGAACAGUAGUUUUACUUCCAGAUUCUGCACAAAACAAUGAUUAGGCAGGAAUGCAACUGCUUGCUGUUGAGCUUCUGUAGAUAAAUUUUGGGAGGGAAGAUCUUCAAAUAUCAGUGCACAAUUGUUACUUUCUUACUUUCAGAACUCAACUGCUGUAAGUUGAAAUAGGAACUCCUUUUAAGGAAGAAUCUAUUGAAUCCUAAAUGUACCAAACUGAAGAAUGAGUGAAUGUGUAGGAAUUUGUAAAAUGCCUUGUGACGCUUUACUCUGGGAGGAUUUGACUGUAGUUUGUUUUGCAUAUUAAGCACUAUUACCACUUUUUCAUUUUUUACAAAUAUUUAAAUAAAAUGCAUUUUUGGUUUGCUCAAAAUGAAUAUUGUUA